UAAAACCAAGCGCGUAACAUAGAGCGGCAUUUCUACUUACUCAGAAAGAGAAGUACAUCUCAGCAAUGGCAAGAACCAAGCAGACCGCUCGUAAAUCCACCGGUGGUAAAGCCCCGAGGAAGCAGCUCGCUACUAAAGCCGCCCGGAAGAGCGCCCCAGCCACCGGCGGCGUCAAGAAGCCCCACCGUUACAGGCCCGGGACCGUGGCUCUCCGAGAGAUCCGCCGCUAUCAGAAGUCCACCGAGCUGCUGAUCCGCAAACUGCCUUUCCAGCGUCUGGUGCGAGAGAUCGCUCAGGAUUUCAAGACGGACCUGCGCUUCCAGAGCUCCGCUGUCAUGGCCCUGCAGGAGUCCAGCGAGGCUUAUCUGGUCGGUCUGUUCGAGGACACUAACCUGUGCGCCAUCCACGCCAAGAGAGUCACCAUCAUGCCCAAAGACAUCCAGCUGGCCCGCCGCAUCCGCGGAGAGCGCGCUUAAACCCGCCGCUGCAAAACAAGAUC